UGCGGGAGGCGCCAGUUAGCGGCUGCGGGCGGCGUGGGCCCGGUUCCUCGGCGGCUCCCACACCGGCCGCUCCGGUUCGUGCGAAGGGGAAUCGGUAGGGGCGGCGGCGGCGGCGGGGAGCGCGAUCGGCCCGCGGGCACUUGGAGCAUAUGGCGAGCGUCGGGGAGGUGGUGGUCGUAACGGCCGAAACCGCGAGCCUGGAGGCGGAUAGCGCGGAGGCGGGGAAAACGCAGGUCAUCCUGCAACUGCAGCCCGUGCAGCCCGGCAUGUGUGAAGAAGGAUCAGAAUCAAACUGCAAUGCUUCAGUGGUGUCUGUGGGGACUCACACUUUGCAGAAAAUGGCAGAGGGGGAAGAUAUCAACAAUGAGGAGGUUGAAAUUGCUUAUCCUAUUACCUGUGGGGAAAGCAAAGCCAUUCUGCUGUGGAAGAAAUUUGUCUGCCCAGGAAUUAAUGUAAAAUGCGUGAAGUUUAAUGAUCAUCUUAUAAGCCCAAAACAGUUUGUUCACUUUGCGGGGAAAUCCACACUCAAAGACUGGAAACGAGCAAUCCGAAUAGGAGGUGUAAUGUUAAGGAAGAUGAUGGAUUCUGGUCAGUUGGAUUUUUAUCAGCAUGAUAAGGUUUGCACCAACACCUGCCGCAGCACAAAGUUUGACCUUCUGAUCAGCAGCGCCAGGGCUCCUGUCCCCAGCCAGCAGAGCAAUAUGGUGCAGACGCCUAUCUCUGCAGAUGGUAAUGGGGCGCAGAUCUCCAUUUCUGAAGACAAUGCUGAGGAAUGCAUUGAGUGGAGCCCAGCGUUGACCACAGUUGCUGUUACUGCAGAAGAUUUGAACCGGAAAGAUGGUGAAGAGAUCUCCGAGGACACGCUGGCUUUCUGGAAAGGAAUUGCUGAUGUGGGUUUGCUGGGAGAGGUGGUGACAAACAUUCAGAAGGAGCUGAUGGAGAUGCUGACAGGAGUUCAGCAGAGAAUGGGACUGACCCCGCUGCAAGUCACAGACGCUGCAGUCCUCAAUAACAUGGCACAAACAUUCGGCCUCCUGGAGACUGUGAAGAAAGUUUUGGACAACAGAAAAAGUCAAACUGAUCAGAGUCAGGAGCAGAUCCACAGUGACCUGACAGAACUGGAGCGUCAGUUGGAGGAGCAGAAAAAGCGAGCCAAGGAACAGAAGCUGAGGAGUCAGACUCUGCAGAACGUGGUGCUGAUGCCCAUUGCUACUCCCAAACCCAACAAACGCCCCCGGCUACAGAGACCUGCCUCUGCCACCAUCCUCACACCGACCACCCCACUGCAGCAUCCACAGUUCACGGUCAUAUCUCCGAUCGCAAUCACUCCAAUGGCAACAAACUUUUCCGUCGCCAAUGUUACCACCAUGCCGAUGGCAGCCCUGGGCCACCAGUCCAGCCCUGUUACAGUCCAUACGUUGUCCGGUGGCUCCCAACUCUUCACCAGAUACACUGCUGUGGUCUCUGCACCCAAGACCUCGACCUCUGAGACAGUUACCAUUCACCCUUCCUCCAGCCUCGCUCUCCUGAGUACAGCCGCCAUUCAGGAGAGCAACGCCAUCACGACCAUGGCUGGAGUCGAUGCUAGCCCCAUGCAGCUGGUGACUGUGGACUCGGGGAUCACUUCGAUGGUCCAGAGCGACUGUCUUGACCAGUCCACAGGAGAAUCACAGACUGUGAUUGAAAUCCACCCGGGUCCAGAGAUGGACUCGGAUCCAGAGCCUGUGCCAGACACCGAGCCUGACGACAAGGCCGUGCAGGCAGAUCAUGAAGUCCAAAUACAAGCCAUUGAGGUGGUGACCCAGGAAGAACAAGAGGAAGAAAAGAAAGAGAGUUAAUUUUUUUUCUAUUGAUGGGCUACUGCUUGGCUGUUUCUGAAUGUACUGUAUUUUAAAAUGUAGUAUGUGUAACAGAUCUGAAGUUGAAAAUUAUGUUUUUUUUAAAACGGAAAGGAAGAGGCUGCAAUAUUAUUUUUAAAAAGCUACGUUCAGAUUGCUUGCUCAGAUCCUAUCAUAGGUCAGUGCUGUCUUUGUUGGCCUCUUUGUUGCACACUAGGAAAGUCACCACCAAGUGACAAGUUGAAAAGAGAUACAGAAUCUGGAGCCCAGAGAUCUAGAAAAUCAGAUUCCAAAUUUUCCAAAAUUCUACACAAUAAGUUUUAAAUCGAUGGUUUUAAGCCUGAAAACAUGAGAAAUUUGAGGCCUCUAGUGCCUGACACUCAGUGAGUCUGUGUUAGCUGUUCGUGUUUCGGGCCAGGUUUGGGAAGGUAAAUGUUAAUCUGCAUUUACUUAUGCAAGUCACUCUGUACUCCAUAAUCUUCCGACAGUUUCUUGGGCCCAGAGCGCAUCCAGUAUGGAAUUAGAAUGAUUUUGCUUUGGCCAGUCUCAAUGUAGCAUUGGAUUUUGAUUUCUUUACUGGGGGUGAGGGGGAAUGGGGUAAACCAAAACCAUUCAGUAAAAGAAAAUCUUGUCAUUAGUGGAUUUUGAUGAUGUGAAUGGAUGUCGUUAAAUGUAUGGUGCAACAACCUGGUGGGCACUUGCAGGCGCCUCACAUCCUUCUCACCAUUCAAUCAGCCUUGUCUGUGUAAGGGUGGCUUUAAUAUACUUUUCCCAAUGAUGUUUUCACAAGUUCAGGAAAUGAACAUAAACUCUUUUCAUUAGCUUCUUAUUAAGACACACUAUGUACAUUUCCUUUUUUAACUAAACCAACAAAAAAAAUAUGCAUAGCAUUCCUGUAUAGCAAUUAAAUGCAUGUGACUGAAUGGUGGUUGAAAAUAUUCAAAUGCUUUUUGUGUCAUGUCUGAAAAUACUUUUUUUUAGAAGAAUUUUAUUUACCCUUUUUUAUUCUCAUUGUUGACUUAGGGGGAGGGGCUUUUAACCUUGAAUUACUGCUGAUGAAAAGUAUUAGCAUUGCUAAAGAAUAAAAAACAGUCACUACACUUGACUACUUACUGUAAAGCGCUUUGAAAUGUUUCAACAUACAAGGUGCUUAGAAAUCCAAGUUAUUCUGUUGCUAAAGGCCUAGUUUUUUAUAGUUGAAACCCCUAUAUAAAAGGUCUAAAUGUGAUGAUGUGUUAGCAAAGAACAUGUAUUUGAAGAGGCAGAAUAAUGUGUGUUGGGGGGAGGGGUUUCCCAAACGGGGAAGGGCAGGGAAUUGAGAUUGGAGUAGAUAGCCGCAAUGACAGAGCUAGCGCCAGCAUAAACACGCUGGGAGAAAGAUAGGGAAUUGAGAUUGGAGUAGAUAGUGAGAGAGCUGGGACCAGCUAAGAUCGAUGGGGUGAAUACACUGUUGUACGUUGCUGUUUCUGUUCUCGGGCGGUACUGUUGAUGUCCUAAAUUGAAUCUCGUGCGCAUUUUCUGUUCAGCCCGUGGCACCCAGUGACAAAGAAUAAAAGCUAAAGUGUAGAUUCAGGAUUUUUUCAGACUAUGUUUUAAUGUGUUUAUUGCUAAAAUGCUGUCAAGAUAUUUUAAAAAUGAUGUUUGAUUUGUAUUUGUUCAGAUGUAACCUUCAAUUCCACUAUUCAGUUCAUGAACUUCAUGAAGCCAUUUAUUUGUGCAAUGCAGGCAAACAUUUUGAUGAAUCCUGUUAUUGGUAAGUAAUGAAUCAUUUGUCAGCAAAGCAUGGAAUGGUAAUAUGCCAAGAGAGAUUUUGUCUCCUUCACAAUGUUAUCAAAAUCGUAUCUGUUUGAUGAUAAUUCCAACACAUACACAGAAUCUGGCUAUAACUCCACUUUACUGGUUACUGCUUGUUACACAUGUAUAUCAGAGAUGCUGAAUGAAAGAACAUCAAACCAUUACAUUGAUGUCCAGAAUUAUUGAUGUCCAUAACUUGACUGAAAUUCAUAGACAAUUUAUUUCAACUAACUGCUCUCAAAUGGCUUUGAGAUAGCCAUGGAAUUUUGGAUAUCAGGAAUAGUAAGGAAUGUAUGGUAAUGUUUAUCUUUGAAAUGACAAGUCUGAGCACAAUGUGCUGCAGUACUUGAUGUGGAGGAUGUGAGGCAACCAAAGAGUGUCACAUCGUCUGGAGUCAAUUCUAUUAUGUAAAAGAAUAUGUGAGUAAAUAUGUAUGAUGUCCAGUGCCAGGA